UCACUCACUCACACACAUACACACACACAGAAGCUCUCCCCGCGUGCCGUCCUCAGAGAUCCUCGUUGUGUGUGUGUUUCGCCAGGUGGACGUGGUGCCUCACUCCCUGCAGUCACCAUUUCCACCCCGGAGAGUUCCACGCUGGCAGCGCAGCCCCUUCCCCGGCUGAGCAUCGGGCGGAAGACCCUGGUGGCAGCCGCUGUGGGGGUCAUGCUGGUCCUGGUUCUAGUGGUCCUCAUCCCUGUGCUGGUCAGCUCUGUUGGCACUGGCAGCACAGAUGACAGCGCCAGCCACUACGAGAUGCUGGGUACCUGCCGCAUGGUGUGCGACCCCUUCCCCAGUACCGGCACCACAGGCUCAGGUGCACAAGUGGGCACAGAUACUGUCACCACGGGCCUUCAUCUGGACAAUGAGGGGGACGCCCUGAGUGACCACAGCAUUGGCCCGCCGCUGCCCACCUACAGUGCUCAUGGGCCACAGGGCAAACCAGGGCGUCCAGGGAAACCUGGACCCCCAGGACCACCUGGAGAGCCGGGCCCACCAGGACCUAAAGGACCACCGGGAGACGGAGUGGACGUAGUACGGACAGGGGUACUAGGUGUAGGUGGUAAAGGGACAGUUAGCACAACCAUCUACAGCACCACGCCUCGGGUGGCAUUUUAUGCGGGACUGCGAAACCCUCAAGAAGGUUACGAUAUCCUGAGAUUUGAUGAUGUGGUGACUAAUAUUGGUGAUAACUACGAAGGCGCCACGGGCAAGUUCACCUGUAAGAUUCCUGGUACCUACUUCUUCAUCUACAACGUGCUGAUGAGAGGUGGAGAUGGAACCAGCAUGUGGGCUGACCUGAUCAAGAAUGGCUUGGUCAGGGCCAGCGCCAUUGCCCAAGACCAGGAUCAGAGUUAUGACUACGCCAGCAACAGUGUCAUCCUUCAUUUGGACGCAGGCGAUGAGGUUUUCAUAAAAUUGGACGGGGGCAAGGCUCAUGGGGGCAACAGCAACAAAUAUAGCACCUUCUCAGGGUUCAUCCUCUAUGCUGACUGAGGACUGGACAGGACAUAGGCUCAGUGGUGAAAGGUCAUGGCCAGAAGACAUUCUCUUCUUGUCUUUCACUUGCCUCUCACAGUAAGGUCGAUGUUGCCCAUAGCCACCGAUCCACAGUCAGAUGUUUUUUUUACAUACCUCUAUUGUUUAAGGCCAGGAGUGAUGCAGUAAUUAAGGCUAUGGAUCUGUGGUUACUGGUAACUGUCCAUACUUCCAUUGUGAUACAGGGUGCCUAUGCUACUUUUUGUGACGGACAAGCAACGUAAAAGUGACAGUCACUGCAAUGUGUCAUGCUGAGGUGCAGCAACAGUUUUGACAGUGCAGAUGCUUCACCGUCAUGUUUGUGCUGUCAUUUCAUAUUCCAGUCUGCUAAUCCAGCAGUCAUGUGACUGCACUGUACGUUUGUUAUGUGCUACAUUAACUUAAGAUUAGGUGUUUGUAAGGUAAGAUGUUGUGCUUCAGUGACUGGGGUAACAUAUUUUGCCAUGAGAAACACUUAAAUGUUAAAUGUUGGUAUCAGAGUGAGAUUAUGAUUCUGGACGGCAGACAGUGUCAUAAAAUGUCUUGUGUCUCAGUGUAAUGAUUCGGACAAUCAUGUCAUAGUACCACAAUAUAUUUGGCAUAUUAUUAGUGUUAAACUUUAAACUGUAAAUUUAAUAUUGAAUUUUGAUGUGCAACCACAGUCAAAGCAGUAUCUCUGCUGCACAUACAUCCUACUGUGUGUGUAUUAAAACUCAUAUAGCUGUUGGUAGAUUGUUGUGCAAUUAUGUCAUUCGUGUGAGAGAUGUCUCUUGUAAUUGGUAAUGCGCUCAUUUGUAAAGCUUUAUUCAAUUUGCAUGCAUGUAACAUUUCUUAUCAUGUAUGAUUCCACAAAUGAGGAUCGAUAAAGAAAAAUACAGUCAUUUAAAACAAAGUGAUGGCUAGAUGUGGAUGUUAGGAACAUCUAAUGCUUGUUUUUUUUGUUUGUUUGUUUGUUUUUUUGGUUGGUUUU